CUCUGUCUCAAUUCUAUAUCCUUGCCAGAGCUUCCAGCAGUGGCAGCAGCUCGAUUUUCUCAUAAAGGAGUAUUUUAAAGAUUUUAUGCACUCCGCAACCUUCUUUUUCUAGAUAUCGAGUGUUUUCGAGUUUUAUUCAUUUAUUGCAUUGAAUGGUAAUAUCAGGGUUUUAGUGUCCUGUUUCUUCCAUUAUUGAGUGUUGAGAGAAUACAUAUCAAAAGCAAAAAAAAAAGAGUGUUGAGAGAAUACAAAAACAUUUCCCCCCAAUUCAGCGCAUUUAUCUUUGAUUUCAAUGGCAGCACAAAGCUUGUUUUCUGGGUUUUGCUCAAAUUCAAUAACCCCAUUAUAUAGAAAGGUUCAAAGUCCGUUAUCGCCCUCGUCGUAUUCUCUUUCAUAUUCUUCUUGUUUCAUUCGAUCAAAACAUCGGGUCUCCUUUAAACUCGAAUAUUUCCCACCUUCUGAAAGGUUCAUGUCGGUAAGAAGAUUAGAGUGUUCAAACAAUGCAGAAAAAGUAAGUAAUGUUGUUCCUGAGAAGGAAGGUUCGAAAUCAUGGGUUAAGCGGAGAAAGCUAGCUGUUUUUGUCUCUGGUGGAGGCUCGAAUUUCAGGUCAAUUAACCAAGCAUGCAUUGAAGGCUCUGUCAAUGGAGACGUUGUUGUUUUGGUCACUAAUAAACAUGCUUGUGGAGGUGCACAAUAUGCUAGAGAUAAAGGCAUUCCAGUUAUUUUGUUCCCGAAAAGAAAGGAUGAACUCAAUGGCCUGUCUUCUGGUGACCUUGUGAAGGUUCUUAGGGAAUUUGAAGUCGAUUUCAUUCUUUUGGCUGGAUAUCUGAAACUUAUACCACCGGAGUUAAUUCAAGCUUAUCCUAGAUCGAUUUUUAACAUCCAUCCAUCUCUUCUUCCAGCUUUUGGAGGUGAAGGUUAUUAUGGUAUGGAAGUGCAUAAAGCAGUUAUUGCUUCUGGGGCAAGAUACUCUGGUGCAACAAUACAUUUUGUUGAUGAGCAUUACGAUACGGGUCGGAUACUUGCACAGAAAGCUGUCCCUGUUCUCGCAAAUGACACCGCUGAGGAGUUAGCCGCUAGGGUUCUACGAGAGGAACAUAAAUUAUACGUGAAGGUGACAGCCGCUUUAUGCGAAGACCGGAUAGUUUGGAGAGAAGAUGGUGUUCCUCUGAUUCGGAGCAAAGAAAACCCAGAAGAAUAUUACUAACAAAACUAAACUGCAGCACUUGCAGUUUGUUACAAGUGCCUAAGAAUACACAAGAAUCACUCAUCAAACGAGAUUGUUAACUA